CCCAGGUGAAGGAAGGGCUGAGCUGUCGGGGGACCAAAACAAAGGUGGUGGUCUGGUGUUAGGGGUCAUGCUCUGCCGGGAUCUGAGUUGUUCUAUUUGGCCGGAGACUCUGCUGCUUUGCCCCCUCCAAAGGGCUCUUUUCUUGGAAAAGCCAGGCGGGAGGAGCGGGAACCAUGAACCAGCAGCUGGAUGCUCCGCGGCCAAUCAACUGGACCAUUAGGAAACUGUGCGCUGCAGCCUUCCUACCAUCUGUACGCCUGCUCAAGGCACAGAAAUCGUGGAUUGAGAGAGCCUUCAACAAGAGAGAAUGUGUUCAUAUCAUAGUGAGUGCCAAAGACCCCCAUAGGUGCUGCUGUGGCCGUCUGAUUGGUCAGCACGUUGGCCUGCCCCCCGGCAUCUCCUCCAGUCAGAAUGACAAGACGGAGCGUCUGGCUAAGAAUGACAGCCUAUCAGAGAAAUGGUCAAUCAGCAAACACACCCAGCUCAGCCCCACCGACGCCUUCGGAACCAUUGAGUUCCAGGGAGGGGGCCACUCCAACAAAGCCAUGUAUGUGCGUGUGUCCUACGACACCAAGCCAGACCUCCUGCUGCACCUGAUGACCAAGGAGUGGCAGCUGGACCUUCCCAAGCUGCUCAUCUCGGUGCAUGGGGGCUUGCAGAACUUUGAGUUGCAGCCCAAACUCAAACAGGUCUUUGGCAAGGGCCUCAUCAAGGCUGCAAUGACAACCGGAGCCUGGAUCUUCACCGGCGGGGUCAACACAGGGGUGAUCCGGCAUGUGGGUGAUGCGCUAAAGGACCAUGCCUCUAAAUCUCGGGGGAAGAUCUGCACUAUUGGCAUCGCCCCCUGGGGCAUCGUGGAGAACCAGGAGGACCUGGUGGGAAAAGACGUGGUCCGACCGUACCAGACCAUGUCCAACCCACUGAGCAAGCUGACCGUGCUCAACAGCCUGCACUCCCACUUCAUCCUGGCCGAUAAUGGGACCACAGGGAAGUACGGUGCUGAGGUCAAACUCCGCAGACAGCUGGAGAAACACAUCUCCCUGCAGAAGAUCAACACACGUAUUGGUCAGGGAGUGCCGGUGGUGGCUCUGAUAGUGGAGGGGGGUCCUAAUGUGAUCUCCAUCGUGUUGGAGUACCUGAGGGACACUCCGCCUGUCCCCGUGGUGGUGUGUGAUGGGAGCGGGCGUGCCUCAGACAUCCUGGCAUUUGGACACAAGUACUCAGAGGAGGGAGGGAUCAUAAAUGAGACUCUGAGGGACCAGUUGCUGGUGACCAUACAGAAGACAUUCACGUACAGCCGGACCCAAGCCCAACACCUCUUCAUCAUCCUCAUGGAAUGCAUGAAGAAGAAGGAGUUGAUAACAGUUUUUCGGAUGGGGUCUGAAGGACACCAGGACAUUGACCUGGCCAUUCUCACUGCUCUGCUUAAAGGAGCCAACGCAUCGGCUCCUGACCAGCUCAGCCUGGCCCUGGCCUGGAACCGAGUAGACAUCGCUCGCAGUCAAAUCUUCAUCUAUGGACAACAGUGGCCUGUGGGUUCUCUGGAGCAGUCUAUGCUGGAUGCCCUGGUGCUGGACAGAGUGGACUUCGUCAAGCUGCUGAUCGAGAACGGAGUGAGCAUGCAUCGCUUCCUCACUCUCUCCAGAUUGGAGGAGCUCUACAACACGAGACAUGGACCAUCCAACACUCUAUACCACCUGGUCAGAGACGUCAAAAAGCAAGAAUAUCCAGGGUUCAGUUGGAUCUACUUCAAGGGUAACCUCCCACCAGAUUACCGCAUUAGUCUCAUUGACAUUGGAUUGGUCAUCGAGUACUUGAUGGGCGGAGCUUACCGAUGCAACUACACCAGGAAGAGGUUUAGAACGCUGUAUCAUAACCUCUUUGGACCCAAACGACCCAAAGCCCUGAAACUGCUGGGGAUGGAGGAUGACAUGCCGAUCCGAAGGGGUCGUCAAAAGACUACACGGAAGCGGGAGGAGGAGGUGGACAUUGACCUGGACGACCCUGAGAUAAACCACUUCCACUUCCCCUUCCAUGAGUUGAUGGUGUGGGCCGUGCUGAUGAAGAGACAGAAGAUGGCACUGUUCUUCUGGCAGCACGGGGAGGAGGCCAUGGCUAAAGCCCUGGUGGCUUGUAAGCUGUGUAAGGCCAUGGCCCACGAGGCCUCCGAGAACGACAUGGUGGACGACAUCUCACAGGAGCUCAACCAUAACUCCAGUGAGUUUGGCCAGCUAGCCGUUGAGCUGCUGGACCAGUCUUACAAGCAGGAUGAGCAGAUGGCCAUGAAGCUGCUAACCUACGAGCUGAAGAACUGGAGUAACGCCACCUGCCUUCAGCUGGCUGUGGCCGCCAAGCACCGCGACUUCAUCGCCCACACUUGCAGCCAGAUGCUGCUCACCGACAUGUGGAUGGGACGGCUGCGCAUGCGCAAGAACUCUGGACUUAAGGUGAUCUUGGGCCUGCUGCUGCCUCCGUCCAUCCUGAGUCUGGAGUUCAAGAACAAAGAUGAGAUGUCAUAUAUGCCUCAGGACCAGGACACUUACCUGCAGGAGAAGGAGGAGGAGCCUGAGAAGCCUGCCAAUGAGAAGGAAGAAGAGGACAUGGAGUUCACAGUAAGAUCCUACUGUGAGACGCAGUACAACUCCGUGGCCAUGCUGGGUAAGGUAAGCACGGAGGCGUCUCGUAAGAAGGGCGUGGGGGAGGUCCAGAAUAGACACCGGCUCAUCCCCAUGGGCCGAAAGAUCUACGAGUUUUACAACGCCCCCAUCGUCAAGUUCUGGUUUCACACAAUGGCCUAUGUGGCGUACCUGAUGCUGUUCAACUAUAUUGUGCUGGUGAAGAUGGACCUGUGGCCAUCACCGCAGGAGUGGAUAGUCAUCGCUUACAUCUUCACCAAUGGCAUCGAGAAGAUGAGAGAGAUUCUGAUGUCGGAGCCGGGGAAGCUGUUGCAGAAGGUAAAGGUGUGGCUUCAGGAGUACUGGAACAUCACGGACCUCAUGGCCAUCCUCAUCUUCUCUGUGGGCAUGGUGCUCCGCCUCCAGGAGCCGCCCCUCAUGAGUUACGGCCGGGUCAUCUACUGCGUUAACAUCAUCUAUUGGUACAUCCGGCUGCUCGACAUCUUUGGCGUCAACAAAUACCUGGGCCCCUAUGUCAUGAUGAUCGGCAAGAUGAUGAUUGACAUGAUGUACUUUGUGAUCAUCAUGCUGGUAGUGUUGAUGAGUUUCGGAGUGGCCAGGCAGGCCAUCCUGAAUCCCAAUGAGGACCCGUCCUGGAUGCUGGCUCGGAACAUCUUCUUCAUGCCUUACUGGAUGAUCUAUGGAGAGGUGUUCGCUGAUCAGAUCGACCCUCCAUGUGGCCAGAAUAUCACCACAGAGGACGGGCAUGUUGUGGCUCUGCCGCCCUGUAAGACGGGAGCCUGGAUCGUUCCUGCCAUCAUGGCCUGCUACCUUCUGGUGGCCAACAUCCUGCUGGUCAACCUGCUCAUCGCUGUUUUCAAUAACACCUUCUUUGAGGUGAAGUCCAUCUCCAACCAGGUGUGGAAGUUCCAGAGGUACCAGCUCAUCAUGACCUUCUACGAGCGGCCCAUCCUCCCCCCUCCCCUCAUCAUUUUCAGUCACAUGACCAUGGUCCUCAAGCACCUGUGCUGUCGCUGGCGUAAGCACGACGAUGACGAGAGAGACUAUGGGCUGAAGCUCUUCAUCACUGAAGACGAGCUGAAGAAAGUGCAUGACUUUGAGGAGCAGUGCAUCGAGGAGUACUUCCGCGAGAAGGAUGACCGCUUCAACUCCUCAAAUGACGAGAGGAUCCGAGUGACAUCAGAGAGAGUGGAGAACAUGGCCAUGCGCCUGGAGGAGGUGAAUGAGAGAGAACACUUCAUGAAGUCAUCUCUGCAGACCGUGGACAUACGGCUGGCCCAGAUGGAGGAGCUGAUUGGUCGGAUCGCUGUGGCUCUUGAGCGAGUCACAGGGGUGGAGCGGGGGGAGGUCAACAAGGCCCGCUCACGCACCUCCUCAGACUGCACAGACUCGGCCUACAUGCUGCGUCAGGGUGAGUGCCCAGAUGCGGCUUACAUCCUGCGCCAAAGCAGCUUCAACAGCCAAGAGGGGAACUCCUACCGGCUCAAUGAGGGUGCAGAGGGCUCCAUGUCUCCGCCCACCCCCACUGGCCUGGCCACUCGCACACGCAGUCACUCCUUCUACGUGGGCGGAGGUCUUGAGCGAGCUGGGGCCGACAGGGCCGAAAGGGCCGACCGUUUCCUCAAGGAGCGCUCCUUCAGCCUGCACCGAGCCAAUAGCUCACAGUCGGUGGCCUCAGGUACCGCCCCCAAGGAGUCUAAGCCCCUUCCACUGGCCACGCUGUCCAUCUCCCAGCAGCACCGCCCCUCUUCCUGCAUCGACAUCUAUGUGUCGGCAUCCGAGGAGGCGGGGCCAGCCGAGGUCUUCUCGGACCCGCUGAGGAUGGGCCCUCCCCUCCGGCACGACUCUUCGCUCCACUCUGAGAUUAUGGAGGCGGUGCUGUCGAGCGGGAGGGACUACAGCGGAGGCAGCGGAUUGGGCGACAGACACUCGGAGGGUGGUGCAGUGUUCGAGGACAGUGCGGCUGCAGACCUGUCACUAUGCUCUGCCCACCUUCUCCCAGAUAACACCAUGCCGACCUGGGACCUGGACCCCUCCCCACCCCCGUCAGCGGGGCCACUGGAGCGCUCCAAGAGCAGCCGCUACCUGUCCACUGGCGGCAGGGGCUACCUAGAAGAGACUCAGCUGGUCAAAUCUCACAGCCUCAUGUUUACACCGCGAGGCUGCUACGGAGGCCUAGGGGCAGGUGUUCAGGUCAAAGCGGCUGAGUACACCAGCAUCACCGACUGCAUAGACACCAGGUGUGUCUCCGCCCCUUACUCCACCGCAGAGCGCUCCCACUCCCCUGGAGGCUCCUCCUCAUUCCCCUUCAAUAAGCCCCCGGACUUGGGCUCCUCCCACCCAGAGCGCGAGGCCGAGCUCAGCCACACAGAGUCAGACCCUGAAGACCCAGAGGACCUGGCCCCGGCCCCCGAGCCCCAUCGCAUGGGGAGGGGCUUAAGAGGGGCGAGUGGGACCCCAUUCUGCUCACCCUUCUCCAGAAUGGAACGAGCCAACAGCUGCUCCUCAGAUGACUCCUCCCACCCAUCAUUGGCCCCUCCUUCACACAGAAAAAGCCUGUCGGUCAGUGAGAGGAUGGAGAGGGGUGCAGACCGUGGGGUUCUGGGGGGACCCAGGAACCCCUUCCUAAGGAGCAAGUCAGGGGCACGGCCCGACACUAAGACAGACAGCCUUUCCAUGAGAAAGCUGACCACCCCCUCUGCAUUCAGCAGCUUCGACAGUAGACACAACUACACGUGACAAUGAUGAAGAAAACAGGACAGGGACAGGGCACACUCUGUUACUAUACAGGACCAUAGGGCCAGC